AUGCGGCUGAACGUUGCCCGAGCCGUCUGCAGGCCGCAGACGUGUCUGCAGCGGCCACUUGCACCACCACUGCUUAGAACCGCGAGCGCCGCGGCGCGGCGAAGCUACGCGUUCCAGGCGGCGGGCAGCCCCGUCUUCGACGUCUUCAACCGCAAGACGAAAUGGCUGCAGAGGGAGCGCGCGGCCGCCCACGUCGAGCAAAGCCGGCAGGCCGACUACUUGAAAGAUGAGGUCGCGGCGCGCGUGUGCGAGCGGCUGCUGGACAUCAAGCGCCACUUCCCGCGCGUGCUGGACUUUGGCGCCAACUCGUGCAACGUCGCCCGCGCCCUGGCCGCCGACAACCCGGACCCCGACCCGACCAUGCCCGUGUCACCGCCGCUCGCCGCCAAGAUCUCGGAGUUGGUGGCGGCCGACUCGUCCGAGACCGCGCUGUACCGGGACGCCGACCUGCCCUUCAACGAGAACGGCCAGAUGCGCGUCUCGCGCCACGUGCUGGGCGACGCCGAGAGCCUCCCGUACGAGCCGGCGUUGUUCGACAUGGUGCUGAGCAGCAUGAGCCUGCACUGGGUCAAUGACCUACCCGGGGUGCUGGCGCAGAUCAACCGGGUGCUGCGGCCCGACUGCCCGUUCAUCGGCGCCAUGCUGGGCGGCGACACGCUAUUCGAGCUGCGCACGGCGCUGCAGCUGGCCGACACGGAGCGGCGGGGUGGCAUGUCGCCACACGUGUCGCCGCUGGCCGACACGCGCGACGUCGGCGGCCUACUACAGCGCGCCGGCUUCAAGAUGCUAACGGUCGACGUCGAGGACAUCAUCGUCGACUACCCGGACUCGUUCGCCCUGAUGCAGGACCUGCAGGCCAUGGGCGAGAGCAACGCCAUCCUGGGCCGCGAGAUGGGCGCCCUGAGCCGCGACGUGCUCCUCGCCGCCGACGCCAUCUACCGCGAGCUGCACGGCAACGACGACGGCACCGUCCCGGCCACCUUCCGCAUCAUCCACAUGAUCGGCUGGCAAGAGUCGGCCGACCAGGCAAAGCCGCUCCCGAGGGGCAGCGGGCAGAUUAACCUCAAGGACUAUCUGGAGAAUAAAUGA